AUGGCUGACCACAACCGCAGUGGCGGCCAUUUCUUGCAUCAACCGCCGUCCCCUGAGCGGCUUGCCCCGGCUCAGCAGCUGCCGUCGCUGGCACCGCGCCAGCUCGAGGACGCUGGCGGUGCUGGGCCGUCACAGGCUGGCAUUGUUCCCGGCCCGGGCGCUGCCACGAGCAAGCCGUUGUUCGGGCGGCGACGCAAGGUUGUUGCUGCGUGUGACACGUGCCGGAACCGCAAGGCGAAGUGUGACGGCACGCGCCCGCGCUGCAACACGUGCAUCACCAACGGCCGCGAGUGCAGGUUCUUCACCCAGCCCGACGAGUCGCGGCAGGCCGCCACGCGCCGCCACCAGGCCAACUCGCAGGAGCAGCUCCAGCAGCUCAAGGCCUCCCACGACGCCCUCCAGGACCUCGUCUACUCCCUCGUCGCCCAGCACGAUGCCGCAGAGAUCCACCGCAUCCUCAGCCAGGUCCGCCGUGGCUCCCACCCGGCCUUCGUCCCCAGUUCCGUGUCUGCUCAACCUGGCCAGAGUCAAGGUCAUGGCCUAGCUGGAGGGGGUGUACUAGGAAACCAGCAUGAACAACGCUUUCGCGAGAUCUUGACGGCCAGCACAUCGGCAGCUACAGCAGCACCAGACCUCCAUCCGCCAUCCGUGUCUCCUUCCGCUGCCACCACCACCAACUCACACCGGCGGACGUCCUCUGCGUCGUCCAAGCGCAAGCGCAACGAAACCACCACCUUGUACGAGGAGCUGUUCGAGCUUCUCGUCAGCACAACCCACGAUGACGCUCUGAGCAUCGUGCAACGCCUGCGCCGCACCGGCGACGUCUCGGCCGUUCUCGGGCAAGCCAAGGAGGCCGACCUCCUGCUCCAGCUCAGCCUCAUCCCCGAAACCCGCCGCCGCUACGACCUCCCCACCCGUAACGACAUGCCCGAAUUCCUCCUCACUGUCGACAACCCAUAUCUCGAGUCCCUGAUCCACGAGACGCAGUUCAAACUCGGUUCGACAACUUCCCCCAUGCCUGCGCUUACCCAGGCCGCGGCAAACCACGCAGCACCGGGCAGUACCAUUGUUCACUACGUCACGCCUUUUGGCAGUGCACAGCUCCACGAGCCGAUUAUCAAUGAGCUACGCCCCUCGCAGUGGACCUCGGUUCUCAGUGAUGAUGUGGUCCUCAGGCGCCUGUUGCGUUCCUAUUUCCUCUACGACUACCAAAACUACCCGGCCUUCCACAAGGACCUCUUCUUGCAGGACAUGAAGCAUGGCCGUCGGCGUUUCUGCUCGCCUCUGCUCGUCAAUGCCGUCCUUGCUGCUGGGGCUCACGCUGAUGCUGGUAUCCCCAACAGCGACAAGUUCUGGCUUCCGCAGGGGCUCGGCUACCGCUUCCUCGCCGAAGCCAAGCGGCUCUGGGAGAUGGAGGACUAUGGUAAAAGCAGGCUGACCACGGUCCAGGCUGCCAUCAUCCUCAACGCAAUCUCUCUAUCCGAUGCCACCGACAAGAUCGGUAAGGCCUUCAUGCUCCAAGCCGUCGCCAUGGCGGACGAGAUGAAGCUCCUCACCACCAGAGACGAGGAUAUUCCCAAGCAAAGCAUGCGCAAGGCCCGAGCUUUCACAGCCUGGUGUCUGUUUGGCUGGGAUGUCAUACAGAGCUACUUCUUCUUCAAGCGGCCUAUGUUCCCGGGCCCACCUCUCUGUGAGCUGCCGGGCGCGGACGACACGGCUUGGUAUGGGGAUCUAUGGCUAUGGUACCCGGGCGAGCAUGAGCGACUUGUGCCCUCUCAUGCCGGUGCCGUGCUGAAAGCAUCCAUGGGCUUGCGCGUGAUCCAGCAUGCGAUAGCUUGUGCAUUCUUUGAGCGGCCGGAGGGCAGCCCGGCCCCCUCCGGGAGGCAGAUUGAACAAUUCCAGCAUCAACUCUACCGGUGGUUUGAUGCCCUCCCAGAAAGCAUCAGUCCCAAGAACACUGUCCUUCCAAUGCAUCUGCGCCUGCACAUGGAGUAUUACACUGGCAUGAUCACACUCGCGAGAGUUCAGCCUGCCCCUACAGAAGUAGGUUCUUCCGACGAGCAAGCAGAUCCAAGCUCGCUGCCGACACCGCCUCGCAGUGUCAUGCAGGACCCCAUGGCACAGGCACUUGCCCGCCUGGAGACCCUUGUGCGGAUCUAUCACAUCCGGCACGGCAUCGACUUCUAUGAUUCAUCAAUGACUUACUACUUUGCAUUUCUCGGGACAUUCAUCAUUCAAGCUCUAGGCGCCUACUACGAGGCCAUGGCGUCUGCAGACCCUCUCCCACCAGCGGCGAAGCAGGUUCUGCCCACACCAGUGCGCUUGGAAGCGUAUCGUUCCGCGCUCAUCAUGUGUGCCAAGGGCCUCCACGAGCAGGGCAAGUCCACAUACGUUUGCCAAGUCACGUACUACAUCUUGAGGGGAUCAAUGGCCCCGAGGGAGCGUGACAUGGUGCUCGCGCAUGUCAAGGAGCACUCGGCAGCGACGACGCCUGGCGAAGUCACCCCACUGAUGGGAUCGGGCAGCGACAUUGACGAUGACGAGGACAACGAGCACAACGACGACGAGCGUGGUGCCGGGGUGGAAAUUGGCAGCACGAGGAGCGAGUCGGGUAGUUCGAAGCAAAGGAGGGCUCCACAGCGACACGAGGAGGAGGAUAGCAUGGAGAUGCGCAUCUACAAGUACAAUCAGUCACACUUCCCGAUGCCCAUCAUCUCAAUUACCGAAGAUCCACGCGAUGCCACGCUCGUGGAGCUGGCGGGGAGGUACAGGCGCAUGUCCCUUGACGGGAGCAGCAGCAAGAGCACCGAGGACGGGCAUUCCGAGUAG